CAUGGGAAUUAUACAAAUGUAUAGAAUCAUAAAAAGGACCGAAACUCCUUUUCUUUUUCUCGUUAAAAAAGCAUUUUCUUUCUCUUUAUUUUGUCUUUGUUCUCCUUCUCUCUUCUCACUAUCCUCUUUGAUUCUGUGCUCUCUUCACGUUUCUCUUGAUCGUCUGGUUUUCUCUCUUUCGUCUUGCCCUUUUAAUUUUUUUUUUUGAUUCCCCACCAAGUUUCCCCUAAAGAUCCAUCAAACUUUAUUAAAGAAGGAAGAAUUAAUAAAGGGUAUAGAAGAACAAUGGUUUUCUCAUCCAAUUGGUCACAGCCUACGAAUCCAAACAAUCAUCAGCAUCAGCUUCACGAGAAUGGAAGCUUAGUGAGCGACCACGGACUACUUUCUCACCAACUUCCACCUUGCCUACCAAACCCUAACCCUAACCACCACUAUGCUGCUGCUACCGCCAGUGGUCUUCCAGCGAGGCUUGGUGGAUCCAUGGCUGAGAGAGCGAGGCAGGCCAAAGCUCCUCCACCUGAGGGAGCCCUAAAGUGUCCUCGAUGCGACUCCAUCAACACCAAGUUCUGUUACUACAACAACUACAACCUCACUCAGCCUCGCUACUUCUGCAAGGCAUGCCGCCGCUACUGGACACGUGGAGGGGCCCUGAGGAACGUCCCCGUGGGUGGAGGCUGCCGGAAGAAUAGCAAAAAGGGCAAGAAUAGUAAUUCAAAAUCUUCUUCUUCCUUGUCCAAACAGUCAUCUUCCACAGUCAACGCUCCAAGUUCUAACUCAGGACAGCUAAGGACAAACCAUCAGUUCCCGUUUUUGCCAACUAUUCACAAUCUCACUCAACUCGGAGGUAUCGGUUUGAAUUUAGCGGCCACUAGUGGCAACAACCAAGGCCACCAGAUUGGUUCAAGUUUGAUGAACGAUCUAGGGUUUCUUCAUGUCGGAAAUGGACGAAACAUUCAUGACAACAACAAUAACGGUUCAAUAAACAACCUAAUGGCGUCGGCUGGAUCUCUUAGUCACUUCGCUCUCUUCGAUCCAACGACGGGGUUACACGCUUUCCAGAACGAAGGCAAUAUAUUAAACAACGUAGGAAUAUCUUUUUCAUCUACUUCCAUGGUUGAUUCUAGGGCUUAUCAGGCCGCCCCAGUGAAGAUGGAAGAACAACCUGGUUUGGUUAACUUGUCUAGACCGGUCUCUGGUUUGACGUCUCCCGGGAACCAAACAAACCAGUACCUUUGGAACAGUUCAGAUUUCUCGGGUCCUUCUUCUAACGAUCACCACCAACUCUUGUGAGAUUUAGUGGUUUAAUUUGUUGGCUCGUUAAUAUUAAUGUAUGUUACGACGAACGGUCAUGAUCAAAAUGCAUGCAGAGUACGUGUGUGGGACAAUGAUGGUGGGGACGUAUUCUGAAUUUCUGAUACGUACAAACUAAAAGGUAUCUUAAUUAGAGUUUGUGGUUCUACAACUUAAGAUCGAUACUUAUGUAUAAUCAUCAGGUGAGUCAUUUGUUUUGUAUUAUGUGGUUCAGGGUAAGUCUGAUUCUGAAGUUUGCUAUGUCUCUCAACGAAUUCGUGUCGUGUGUGUAACAGUCCAAUUUGUAUACGUUUUAAACUAGAUCUCAUGGAAUUAAUAUAUAAUGCUUUCGGCUAUUUUUAUUUUAUAUACUCGAUUUCCGUUUAUGGGCUAUAUAUAUAUAUAUAUAUAUAUAUAUAUAUAUAUAUAUAUAUAUAUAAGUUUGCCUGAUCCCAAACCGAAUAGUGAACAUUGCUAAUGGUAUAUCGUUUAUUGAUUGUAAUUAAGAAACUCUUAUAAUAAUACAGUAAAAAGAUAAAGAUAAUUCAUAAAGUAAAAAGGGUGCUGACAAAGGAACUUGAUCAUGCAAAUCUGUGUCUCUCUGGAUGCUACGUUCUAAACUUCUAGAAUACUCUUUUCUCAUAUUUUUAGGAGCUUCUUUUUCUUUUACAGUCUUCUUGUACGAAUCUGUGUGUCAGUCUGUCUUGUGUUGGUGGAUGAUCCUCAAUAGAUAUCUCUUAACCAAAUAUAUGUGAACAUGUAUAUUUUGAUGUUUCUAUACAUGCUAUAAAUAAAGAAAAAACUUUCUGCA